AUGAGCCUUUACGAAAUUUACCGACCCCCAACACCACGUUUCGAAAAUGUCAAUCCAUUUUCCAUAGACGAAUGCUCAUUUUGUCCUUCGUUUCACUUAACAACAGAGCACUUCCCUCUCCAAAUCAACGAGCCACAUGCCAAUUCUCCAAUACACGAUUUUCCGUUCGAUCUAGAUGAAUUCGACCGCAUGUUCAUCGAUCACGAUGCACAUGGCAUGGUAAGCGAAACAUGCAUGAACAUGCAUACAUCACUAAUUCUUCCGUUUCAAGGCAUGGAAGUCGACAACCACCUCUCUCUACUCAAUCUCAUCGUAGCCUAUGCCGAAGUAAUGGAUCGUAAUCAAGAAAUUACCGGCCUAUCUGAAGUAAUCGGUCGAAGCAUAAUCAAGAAAGUGAACCCCUUUGGUGGGCCCACGGAACGCGUCUUGUAUAUGUUCCAACACCAUAACAAGAAAUCAAAUUAUAACUACCUUAAAGAAGAGUCAUUCAAGAAUUUUUAUCCGGCCUUCAAAGCGUUCUACCAAAUAUUCCCAUAUGGGAAAUUCGCUCAUUUUGUAGCCAAUUCGGCUAUCAUGGAAUCCUUGCCUAGUGACGCCGAAAUCAUUCACUUAAUCGAUUUCGACAUUGGAGAAGGGGUACAAUGGGCAUCAUUCAUAGAAGCCAUCAAACAUCGAUGUACAGAAGUAAGAGUAACAUCAAUAAAAUUCGAUGAAAAAGACGAAAGUAGCCCUUUUCGAUUUGAGGAUACAAAGAGGAGGCUACACGAUCAUGCAUGGUCGUACGGCCUAAACGCGAUAGUAGAAGAAGUGAGAUUUCAAGAUUUAGAAAUUUUCACGAAUAACAUCGAGAAAGGAGAUUAUGGGAGAAAAUCUUUGUACGUAUUCAACUGCCACGUGGCGCUCCCACAUAUGGGGAGGGUUAGGUCAAAAAAACACGUUUUCAAGUUUCUAAGAGUGGCCGAAAAUUUCUUACAUCAAGUCACGUGUUGGGGAAGUACUACUAGUAAGGGCAUCAUAACGUACGGCAAUGGAGAUGUGUUUUACGACAAAACUACUACGCUAAUGAGUUAUAGUACAUUCUUGGAUGCAAAUAUCGCGCAUUAUCAAGCUUUAUUGGAGUCGAUGGAGUUCGAUUUUCCGAAGCAUCUUGGAGAAGCAAGAAGGGCCUUAGAGUGUCUGUUUGUGGGGCCCUCGGUUUCUUCGAUCGUGCGGGAUCGAAAAUGGGAGGAGAUAAGGCAAUGUGGUGAGAUUGAAUUUGGAUUAGGGUUAGAUGGAUUGGAAUUGAGUGAAGCAAGUGUUGAUGAAGCUAAAGAAGUUGUGAAGGAAGGAGUUAGUUUAUAUGGAGUGAGAAUUGAAAGUGGGAAGAAGAAUGAAAUGGUUAUUGAGUGGAAUGGUAUUUCAAUUGUGAGAGUUUGUUGUUGGAAAAGUUGA